GAAUUAAAACGUUGGUGUUUAUAUUACGUUGUAGAUACUUCAUAAAGAAUAGAAUUGCUUGCUAAACCACGGGACACUUGACAUGAGUGUGCAAACAAGGUGUUGCUCGGAAUUUUGCGGUUACGCACAGAUCAACAGGACAGUAUGGCUGCUACCAUAGCUGUCAGUCCCAGUGAGUAUCUGCAGCCAUCUUCAGUCUCCAUGCAGGAUGCUCAGCCUUCUCCUCUUGCCCUUCUGGCAGCUACCUGCAGUAAAAUUGGGCCCCCUGCUGCCCAGACUCCCGUCAGUGCUCCUCCUGCCCAGCCGGUGACCCGUCGUCUGCUGCCCAUCAAACCUGCCCCAAUCGCCCCAGCGCCCCCAAAGAACCUAGGUUUCCUGUCCACUAAGAGUAAUGUGAUACAGCUGCCGGCAGCCAUCAGUUCUUCCAGUGCGAGUGGCCCAAUACUGCUCACCAUCCAGAACCCAGCGCGACCAGCCGGCCCCAACAUUCAGUACCAGGUAGUUCCACAGGUACAGGGAGGCUGUGGGCAGGCCAUUCAGAUGAUACCUCAAGGGGGACAGAUUCAGAUCAUCUCUGGCACAAACCAGGCUAUCGUGACCUCCGCAGUGACAGUCCCCACCUCGACAGCUCCUGCCACCCAACAGAAGGCUCUGGCUAUUAAACCACCUGCACAGAAGGUGCAGCAGAACAGUGCAAAUGUGGUCCGCUUGCCUGGGGGGCUCAUCCUUCCGCUUAAUGUGGCUGCUGGUGAUGGAGGGGGAUCUCAGACCCUGGCAGAGGCUGCACCUGCCCCAACAACGCCAUCAACAAAAGUGACUCGACGUGGGCGCAAGAAGCUUGUUGCAACUGCCAGCCAACCUGUUGUGCAGCCAUCCUCCCCACCACCUGCGUUGGCCAUGUCUGAACAGGUGGAGACGCUUCUAAUUGAGACUACGGCUGACAACAUCAUCCAGGCAGGGAACAACCUCCUGAUUGUGCAGAGCCCAGGUUCUGGACAGCCCACUGUAGUACAGCAGGUUCAGUUGGUACAGCAGAAGUCGGAUCAGCAGAUGGUGCAGAUUCCCCCACAGGCGCUCAAAGUGGUUCAGGCUGCUUCAGCCACACUGCCUCCUGUUCCGCAGCGACAACCCAUGCCGAGUGUACAGGUGCCCCCUGCAGAGUCAACCCAGGUGCUCAUUAAGACACCAUCGGGAGAGUGGCAAACUGUGCAGCUGCAGGAGACCACAGUAUCCACCACGGCACCCCCUAGCUCGGCCACAGUCAGCUUGCCGCUGGCUGCGGGCUGCAAGAGGAAUCUGAGCGAGGGCCGUAAGGAGAGAACCUUCCCUAAGAUCGCACCCGCUGGAGGCCUCAUUGCACUCAAUGCUGCACAGCUCUCUUCAGCAGCACAGGCUGUGCAGACCAUUAGUAUCAAUGGGGUUCAAGUGCAAGGUGUGCCAGUGACCAUCACCAAUGCAGGGGGCCAGCAGCACCUGACUGUUCAGACUGUGCAGGGCAGUGGGCUACAUCUGGGGGCAGCAGGUGGUGCUCCUGGGCAUCAGCUGCAGGUGGAGCAAACGCUGGCUCUGGAGAUACAAGGGCAGCCUGGGGAGAAGAAGCGGCGCAUGGCCUGCACAUGCCCCAACUGCAAGGAUGCGGAAAAAAGGCCUGGAGAAGUGGGCAAGAAGAAGCACAUUUGCCACAUCCCUGGUUGUGAGAAGACCUUCCGCAAGACAUCACUGCUGCGGGCCCACGUGCGCCUGCAUACGGGAGAGCGGCCCUUUGUCUGCAACUGGGUUUUCUGUGGAAAGCGCUUCACACGUAGCGAUGAGCUGCAGAGACACGCCAGGACACAUACAGGAGAUAAACGUUUCGAGUGCUCACAGUGUCAGAAGCGGUUCAUGAGGAGUGACCACUUAACUAAGCAUUAUAAAACUCACAUAAAUACUAAGAAUUUGUGAGAGCCGAAUGCGGCGUACACUAAUGCCUUUGUGGACUGCUGCAGAGGGACUGCAGAAAACCGCGGAAAGAGAAGUGGAUGCGCAGCCUGUGACCGUGAGCUCGUCCAUUUGUCCUUCUCUACCUUCCGCCCCGAACCUUCUGUGUUUGGAAGUGAAGGCAGUCGGCCGUACAAGUGUAUAUAAACAGUGCAAUGUUACACGUCAGAAAACCUGCAGUCCUGCUCUAUGAAAAAUGUCCUCCUGCUCUGUCAGUUAUGAACUGAGAGAUAAACACCACAGAGAUCCAGCUCCCCCACUUGCAUUUUUCUUGUGUAUAUUUUACUUUAACAGCUUUCACUCAUGAUUUCUGGCACCAGGGUUCUUUCCUGCUGGCGUAAGUGAGAAGCACAGGGACUCACUGAAUGCUUUGUUUUAAUGUGUGCUUUUAAAGCCAUAGAUUGUGAACAGACACAUUAAAAUGAGAAUGAUGUCCCAUGGUGUGCUUUUAUACCGUUCACAUGGAUGUGAUGCAAACACAGAGACAUUAGGAGUUUAAAUUCUUCUUGACCUUAGAACUUGUCUUGUUCACACUCCUAAUUGCUGUUCACAUGCAUUUGGUUAUUAAGAUUGUGGUUCACCUCUAGUUUCAGCACUGUUCUAGCUCUCCAUGUGUCUGAUGGGUACAGAGCAGUUGCUCGCCUGCCACAAUUGGAUUCCACCAUCACCAGAUGUACGGUAGUAGAAUAGUAACCGCUGCUGUGCUGGUGACUGUCUCCAGCUCACCUGUGCUUUGGGGCUCUGGGUAACACACACACAACUAGAAACCUUGUGUGCCACUCAGCUUUGUGGGUUGGACUGGGUGGGAUGGCAGGGGGUGAAGCACACUGAGGCAGACCUUUAAUGAAGAAAUUAUGCUGAAAAGACAGAAGCUUCACCAGGAAUGUUUUCCACGCACUUUGAUGGAGUGUAGACCCCUAGUGGUGCCCCGAAGGGCACUUCACCAUUACACAGCUCAGCUCAGAGAAAAAAUAAUACCUGCUGUGUAGAACUUGAAAAGUUUCCCCUAGAGCAUUCAUAAUAAAAUGGACUCGUGGGAAAUGGUGUCCAGAGUUCAUGCACAUGUAUCAUGUGCACAUGUCAUAUCCCAUAAGUUCUGAGCAUGAAUGUGACUGAGAGAAAGAGAGAGAGAAUGUGCAUCUGAAUCUGCCCUCUUUUUCUUGCUUCACUUUUUAUCCCUUUUUAGGUAAAUAUUUGGGUAAGAAAGCUGAGAUUUUAAAAUUUUGUAAAUAAUGUUUGUACUUUUUUCAAAACAAAUAUCUUGAACGACUAAAUUGCAUAUUCUCAAAUUUAGCUGAACAGUACAAACAAAGUGUAAUAGAACAUGCUAGGCAAAUUGCUAAUUUUACUACACAAAUAUUCACCUUUUCUAAAGUGUUUUAAAUAAAAUUUUCAAAUAUUUCUCAUAAAAAGGUAAACAAAUCUGCUCAAUGUUACCUACAUUUUGCAAGAUGUUACUGGACAUACUGUAAACUAUGUAUAAUAAACCAUAACAAGUCAAAGGGACUCAGAGGUGUAAAAAAUGCUGUGUGUAAGUUGAUAUGUAUGAAUAAAUCUGACAUUAGAUUGUAAUAACUGCUGGUCUAACAUGAAGGACAUGGGUCUUGCACAGGUAAAGAAGUGAACAUUGUAGAGCUCAAUCCUUUGAUAUUUUACAUCCUAGAUGACUUUUUACC